UUGCGAGGCGUUCGGAUUGCUGCGCGACUCUUACUGUCUCUGUUUGUCAAUGGCUGCUUGUAAAGAUUCCGCAGCUGCUUUCUCUCUGGAUGCGUACCAUGUCUCUGAGGAACUGGGCUUCAUUCUACCAGAGCCUCUGCAAGAUCUUCCACCUUAUUACACACCAUGGAUGGAUAUUGCCUAUCGAGUUCCAGAGCUUGUGCUCACACAUGAAUUGCGCUCACAUAUAAAUAAGAUGCCUAAUCUGAGUGUUGAGUUUCUGAAGAGGCAUCGAGAACUGCGACUAGCCCACCUGGCACUCGGUGUCAUGACAAUGGGAUAUGUUUGGCAGGAGGGUGAUAACGACCCAGUGAAGAUGCUGCCACGCACUCUGGCUGUUCCUUACUGGGAGCUGUCUCAACGCUUAGGACUUCCUCCAAUUCUCACCCAUGCUGAUGCGGUGCUGGCGAACUGGCGCAAGAAGGAUCCCGAGGGGCCUUUAGACAUCGAGAACUUGGAGCUGGUGGUUGGUAUCCCCGGGGGUGAAAGCGUGAAGGGCUUCUUCAUUGUCACUCUAAUGGUGGAGAGAGCUGCAAUUCCUGCUCUGAGGAGCAUUCCAAAAGUGAUCAAUGGUGUCAGAAGUGGGGAUAUUGAAGCUGUGGUUGAAGCCUUAGGAGACAUCAGCUACUCACUAAGCAACAUGGCGGAGAGUCUCAGACUAAUGCAUGAUAAACUAUAUUCAUCUCAUAUAGUGCAUGUGGAUCCAUCGGUCUUCUACGGCACCAUGAGGAUCUUUUUGUCUGGGUGGAAGGACAACCCAUGUAUGCCGAAAGGUUUGGUUUACGAAGGUGUCCAGGCAGAACCGAUGGAAUAUUCUGGAGGUAGCGCCGCACAGAGCAGCCUACUUCACUGCUUCGAUGAGCUUCUGGGAGUUCAACACGAACCCAAAAGCGGUGGCUUUCUAACAUCCAUGAGGAACUAUAUGUUACCCGCUCACAAACAACUCAUCCAGGACAUCUCAUCGCAACCCUCUUUGAGGACUUUUGUGCAGCGGCAGGCCAACGAGCGGCUAACCGAGGCCUUUCAGGAAUGUAUUGGCAAACUGUUGGCUUUGCGCAGCUACCACAUUACCGUCGUUUCCCGCUUCAUCACCGUCCCCGCCGCGAAAGCCCGCCAACUACGGAGCCAGAGCCGGGACGCAGAAGAGUCGGUGCUCAGCAACGCGCCCGCCUCGCUGGAGGAACGGGGCACGGGUGGCACCGGCAUCAUGAGCUUCUUAAAAACUGUGAGGAAACAAACAAGAGACACCCUGCUGCCCGAGAUGAAGCACAACAGCUGAUGCGCUGUCAGCGACGUCUCAUAAAACAAGCAGUAAAUCACAAGUGAUUAGUCAGCCCAUGAUUUUAUAUGCCAUUAAAAAGACGACUUUUGGCACCCUAAUAGCGGGAGGCCCUUUUGCUUGGCCUCCUUCAAGUUUUGUUUUGCCUGUAAACAAGCCUCAGCCGCAUAUGAGUGAUACCCCGCAUUUAGUCCAAACCAUAAUUCAAACCAUGGCUGUUACUUUCUAUUAAAUUCAACCGCUAACUGCUCCUCUCAUUUGAACUGUAAUCCAAAAAAAUGCAUUGUCUUGUCCAGAUCUAUGAGGCUGAAUACCAUAAAAACUUACAAAAUAGGUAAUUACUGAACCCCAAACCUCUUGCAAAGCUAUUUAGAGAUUUAGUUCAGAUGGAGUUUAGAUGGACCAAAGAUGUUUGUUAUUUAAUUUUACUCAAGAGAAAAAGGGCAAAAUUGAAAGCAUAUUAUGUCUUAAGGGCUAAAAACAGGAGAUUAAUUUCCAUUUAUCCAUCUUUCUGUACCACUUGUCUUCUUUUGGGUCGAGCGGGAAGAGAGGCACACCCUAAACUGGUUUCCAGCCAAUCAGAAAUCGCAUAAAGUAUGGACAAACAACCAUUUUCAUGAACUUAUUUGCUGCAAUUGAUAGGGAUCGACGUCAAAUCCAUAUGAACUCGGACUUCUCAGGUUGGACGUCCAUCCCGUCAAUGGCACUAAAAUAUCAAAAUUUACUACCAGGUCUGUUAAUUCAAAUGGAUUGAACGUCUAUCACUAUCGAUGUCAGCAAAUAAGAGAACGGUUUGUCUUCUUAGGCACCAUAUGUUUGUGUUGUGUGGUGAUUUAUCACACCCUGUUUUGCUGGUAUAGGGACAAUUAUAUACAGUACAUACAUAGCCGACUAUGGUAUUGACGAUAUACAAGUAGCGCGGUGGCGCGGGAAGUGUGGUGUUGAGGAGGCUGCAGCACCCCCUGGUGUUGAGAAGAAAAAAAAAGUGUU